AAAAUGUCUCACUCAUUUCUUUAUUUAUUUACACGCCUAUCUUUAAGCUCAGCCGGUCUGUGAAACUACCACAAGCGUCACUCGGGAUCGAUAGCGCGAAGCAGCGUGGAGCACCUGACCGUGUCCAUCUUACAGUUAGCGGCGGCGGCUGCACCUGUGACCACGAGCGGGUUAAUGCUGCCUGUCUGGCUGACAGCAGGACAGAGGCAGGAAAGGGAAGCUUAAAUGAGUGAAUGGCAGGGGGCAGAGGAGGAGGAAGAGGAGUGACAGAAUGAUAAAGUGAAUUAAUUCAACCUUAGCCAGCCCUGAUUGACUCAGCACCAAACUGGCAUGUACAAACAUUCACAGUGACACCAAAGGCAUGGAGAGAGAAAAGAGGAAUGAUAUGUCCUACUCUAGAAAGAGAAGUUUCACUUUUGGGGCAUAUGGCAGUGUGGAUAGAUUCACAUGUGGGGAUGAGACGGGACCUGAAUUCGUGCAGGACAAAAGUCUGGACACCCUGGAUUCUCCUACCAGUGAGCGCAAGCCUUUCCGUUCUUCCAGCAGCAACCAGAAGGAAUCAGAGCUGUUUGAAAUCAUUGAGAAGCUGCAGGGCAGCAGGAUCGAUGAGCAACGAUGUGAAUUCCCCCUUCCUCUCAAGUCUCCACUUUCUACAACUGGGAGAGAGCUGCCGCUUAUCCUUCCUUCGAAACUGGGAGGCUAUUGGAUAGACCCCCCUCUGGACAGACUGGUAGAUGUGAGUCCCACCUCUUCCCAUUAUGCCGUUGACCCAGAGAGCUAUGACAUCAUGGAGAGAGACGGUGAGGCCAAAAUCUAUCACGAGUUCUUCCGCUCACGAUACCAUCACUCUUUCACAGCAGUGGAUCCAACUUUGGGCUCGCUGGUUCUCUCUGUGUGUUUGGAGGAAGAGGAGAAUAGGCUCAGGGUGAUUCUAAGGAUGAAGGAGUGUUCUCUGCAUGGAGUCUUCUCUGUGUCUCUUUUCCCCACCCUGCCAUCUGCAGUUGAAUUAGCAAAGAUGCUUUGUGACCGAGUGACUGCCUCAAAGUUUGACGUGGUCUGCUACCUGAAGGCUCCAGAACUUAUAACCACAUUUGAUGAACACAGAGUUUCUCCUAAUUUCAAGUUUGGUGUUUUGUGCCAAAAGGACAGGCAGCUCACUGAGGAAGACAUACUGGGUAACAAUGAGGAAAGUGAGGAGUUUAAAGAGUUCCUGUCUAUUCUGGGAGAGACGGUUCAGCUGCAAGGAUUCACGGGCUUUAGAGGAGGACUGGAUGUGUGUCAUGGUCAGACAGGAAGUGAAGCAGUCUACACUUCCUUUCGUGGGAGAGAAAUCAUGUUUCAUGUCGCAACUAAACUGCCUUACACAGAGGGUGACCCACAGCAGCUACAAAGAAAAAGGCACAUCGGUAAUGACAUCGUAGCUUUGGUCUGCCAGGAGGGCCAAACCCCCUUUCUGUCUGAUGUUAUCAAGUCUCACUUCCUUCACUGUUUUAUUGUCGUCCGGAGGAUUCAGAGGCAAGAGGAAACAGGUGGAGCAGCAUAUCAAGUGUCUGUCACGGCAAGAGAAGAUGUUCCUCCCUUUGGUCCAGUGCUUCCAGAUCCCCCUGUCUUUACAGAUCAUUCAAAGUUCAGAGAGUUUCUGCUGGCUAAACUCAUUAACGCUGAGAUAUCCUGCUAUAAGGCUGAGCAGUUCAGCAGACUGGAGGUAGAUGGAGGAACACUUUUCCCUGAUGCACUUCAUUAUUGAAUAUCUGUGUUUUUUAUUCUUCUGACUUUGACCUCUGCCCUUUGCAUUUUCCCCUCCUUCACUCAUACAAAGCUCCGCACUCGUUCAUCACUCCUGGAGAACUUGCAGGCUGAACUCUUCACCCGUUCCCAGUGCAUGAUGGGGGAUCAAUCACUGAUUGCUGUCCCCACUUCAGAGGGCCUGCGGGGGCCAUCUGAAGGAAGUGGGGGAUUUAUUGAAAACUUUAAGAGAGCCAUCAGAGUGCGGAGCCAUUCUUUUGAGAAUCUGGGGGUCCCCAGGAAGAAUGCUAGCAGCACAUCGCAGAAGGCUAAGACAGAGAAAGAUGGAGAUAGUGACAAAUCUUCAGGACCUCUGCCUGCUCCCACUGACAGUUUGGGGGCAGCUGAACUCAAAGAUCAAACAAGUCCUCAAGAGGAGAUAUAAAAGCAAAAACGUACUUGUAGAUUUUAGACAUGAAUAUAGACAUUGCUGGCCUGUAUGGUUAGACUUUAAAAUCCUGGUGGAUGACCUGUAUGUAAAUAGACUGUAAAAGUAAAUAGUUCUGAAUGCAUAAAAUAUAAUUAUAUGACUGUUAUAGGAGUGAUAUUCUAGAUUCAUGAGAAUCGUUAAAUUUAAAUGUUUUGACUUAAAACAGAUGACAAGAGUUUAAAUGAUAAGACA